GCGGCGCGUGCGCAGAGGCGCAGCCGGGAAAGGUGCGCUGAGGCUGGAAUUGGAGGCGCGGUGCGGGUAAGGUGAGAACCAUGUGUGCUCAGUACUGCAUCUCCUUUGCUGAUGUUGAAAAAGCUCAUAUCAACAUUCGAGAUUUUAUUCACCUUACACCAGUGCUAACAAGCUCCAUUUUGAAUCAAGUAACAGGGCGCAAUCUUUUCUUCAAAUGUGAACUCUUCCAGAAAACUGGAUCUUUUAAGAUUCGUGGUGCUCUUAAUGCCAUCAGAGGAUUGGUUCCUGGCACGUUAGAAGGGAAGCCCAAAGCUGUUGUUACUCACAGCAGUGGAAACCAUGGGCAGGCUCUCACCUAUGCUGCCAAAUUGGAAGGGAUUCCUGCCUAUAUUGUGGUGCCCCACACAGCACCCAACUGUAAAAAACUAGCAAUACAAGCUUAUGGAGCAUGUAUAGUAUACAGUGGACAAAGUGAUGAGUCCAGAGAAAAUGUUACAAGAAGAGUUAUGGAAGAAACAAAAGGCAUCAUGGUACACCCCACCCAAGAGCCUGCUGUGAUAGCUGGGCAAGGAACAAUUGCCCUAGAAGUGCUGAACCAGGUUCCCUUGGUGGAUGCACUGGUUGUACCUGUAGGGGGAGGAGGAAUGAUUGCUGGAAUAGCAAUUACAGUUAAGGCUCUGAGACCUAGUGUGAAGGUAUAUGCUGCUGAACCCUUGAAUGCAGAUGACUGCUACCAGUCCAAACUGAAAGGGGAACUGACCCCCAACCCUUAUCCUCCAGAAACGAUAGCAGAUGGUGUCAAAUCCAACAUUGGCUUUAACACCUGGCCUAUUAUAAGGGAUCUUGUAGAUGAUGUCUUCACUGUUACAGAGGAUGAAAUUAAGUAUGCAACCCAGCUGGUGUGGGAGAGGAUGAAACUACUCAUUGAACCUACAGCUGGUGUUGGAGUGGCUGCUGUGCUGUCUCAGCAUUUUCAAGCGGUAUCCCCAGAAGUAAAGAACAUUUGCAUUGUGCUCAGUGGUGGAAAUGUGGAUUUAACUUCCCUAACUUGGGUAAAGGAGGCUGAAAAUCCAGCUCCUUUCCAAUCUGUUUCUGUUUGAUUUA